AUGCCCACGCGGAAAGUCAAAAGAAGUGAGCGCCGCCGGUGCGCAAAGGCCAGUGACAACUGCAAGCGCCGCAAGGAACCCUGUGAUGGCUGCCACCCGUGCGGACGCUGUCGCAGCCCAUCAACCCGAUCGUCAACAGGCCGAGGACUCUUCCCGAAGACCACGGCAUUCCCGAUCAGGACAAUUUGCCUGCGUCCUGCUGAAGCCCACUCGAGUAGCAGUCCUCUUUCGUACGGCUUCAACGGCCUCAACAUCACCCAUAUCCCACAGGUAUCGAGAUUGAUCCAAGAUGACCAUGGAAAAGUCAUGUUCAUCGGCGAUUCCGCCAAUCUUGCCUUCCUACAAAUCAUCCGUCGCUUAGUCCGCGAGUCCCUAUGGCCCUGCCAAUUUGCAGAAGAUCCAUUGAGUCACCUCCUAAUUAAGACGACACCCCCCAACCAGCCUAAGCCAGCCGACGCCCGGUAUCUCAUCACCUGGUAUCUAUGCGCCACCAACUGUUUACUCAAUAUAUAUGACGAACGAGAACUAUAUCAAGUCUGGUCUCGAUGGAUACAAGCCAUAGAUGACAGACGGGAGCCAAAGGCAGUGAGCGCCAUUUUAUUCCUCAUAUUCGCCAUCGGCGCCCAGGCCUGCCCAGAUAAUCGAGACGACGAUGCCGAGCAAUACUUCAACUACGGGCGAUUUUUGACUAUAUCGGGCAUAAUAGAAGAACCAGGUCUCUCAACUAUUCAGGCCAAUAUCCUAAUAACAAUAUACCUUCUGGCAGCUUCGCGGAGGAACGCAGCUUUUAUGUACUUGGGGACCGUAGUGCGUGCUACUUACGCACUGGGUAUCCAUCGACGUGACAUCAACGCCCUUUUCGACCUAGCCGACCAUAUGGCACGCGAGAGGCUUUGGAAAUCCUUGCGCGUACUUGACUUGUUCAUGAGUGCGUCACUUGGUCGUCCGCCCUCGACUCACGAGACACGAGAUACGUCUGCCGAGGCCAACUACUCUGCCAGCAAUGACCUAUGCGCCAUCUUCGAGGAGGUUCUCACCGAUGUAUACUCGAAGCGCAUAACCAGCACGUUUCUCACGGGCUUGGCGGUUGAUGAUAUCCAACCGACUCAAUUUGUCGAGGUAGACGGAGGGAAGACGGUCCCCAAUAUUGGCCUCUUUCACCUAAAGGAGGCUUAUUACUGGACAAUCAUGCUCCUCGCACGCCCUUUCCUGAUUGAAAACGUAUCUAGGCACCAGUCAAAGGUGCCUGCAGGCGAUCCCCUCGAAGCUGAGAAUGGAGUAGCUGACACUUCCUCCGAUUUGGUUGUGACCCGCGCCUGCGUUGACUCCGCCAUCCGCACCGUGGACCUUCUUCGAGUACUUCAGACUAGCGAGGAAGUGCCAAAACGGUUACCAUUUGUGGUCAACUCUCUGUUUCAUGCAGCCUUGGUUAUUGGGUUAGCGCAGCUCGGCGACAUGAGCCGCCUUUUCCCCCUUGAGAAGAGCCUAUCGUCUGCAAGGGCAUUGCUCGCCAUUUUCGGCCGUCAUGAUGCUGUGGCGAGCAGGAACUUGGCAAUCGUCGAUAAUCUCCAGACAGCAUGCAGCUUGUAUCUUGAGAAGAUGGAAUCUCGCAGGAUGGAACGGCAGAGCAUUCUCGUUGGAGGGAUUUUCGGUGUUGGAGGAAGCCCACGAGGAGCAGCAGCAGAACUUUACCAGGCUAUCCGGGCUAGACCAUACGCCCUUCAUAAGCUCAGUAGGGUUGCCUAA